GAUACCCACUCGGUGUAUGCAGACACGUAUUGUAUCGCAGAUUUCGAAAUGGCGGCAGCAAGUAAGAAAGAUGUCGAAGGCGAUGCUCCAAAUGGCGCUUCUCUCCUGGCCUCUGCCUUGAAAACUCAAGGUGUGGAAUAUAUGUUUGGAGUUGUGGGUAUUCCGGUUGUCGAGGUGGCGGGAGCUGCACAGGCAGAGGGAAUCAAAUACAUCGGCAUGAGAAACGAGCAAGCGGUGAGCAUUUCGCUGUCAUCACACGCGCGACAGUUUAGUCGUUGAUUGAUUUUUGCAAAAAUUCUCCAGGUCAGUUUAUCUAUGGAAGAAAUUUGGGUAAGAUUUCCGUACAACUUCAUACAUUUAUCAUGCAUGUAGCAAUUUGAUGCUGUUUCUCACAAAUAGUUAAUACGAACACUCUAAAUUCGAGAUUGCUCCGAAACUCUCAAUUAAGAAAAAGUUUUCUUAUUUUACGAGAAAAAUUUAAAGCAAAUCAUAGGAUUUCGUUUCUUAAAAUAAGAAAUCUCGAAUUUAGAGUAGAAUAGAGCCUGGAGAUGUACAACUGUACCUUGCGAGUAGAGGUUUCUCUCUUGCAAUGUUUUUACGCCUGGUUUCCAUAUGAUCGUCCUGAUCGGCCCAGUCAUUUCAAAAAAUUUUGAGACGAUCCUGACGAUCCUGACGCGGAGGGCGAACCUUGUGCCUUGCCAUCUGCUUUUUCUUUUGAUUUUGCGGCGUCGAGAAGCUAGAAGAAAUCCACGAUGACAUAGUAUCAUGUUAAGAACUUGAUGUCAUGCAUUAUUUUUGUCUUGCUUCAAUCAAAUAGCGCCCAUUAUAUGAGUUGCGAACAUUUUUGUAUUAUUAUUUUUUUUCGACGUCAGCAGUGUCCAAACCAAAUUCAUUCUCGAUUACUGGAAUAAAAGUGAUGAUUUCUGGGAUAGACUUUGACCGUCCCAAUUGUCUCAGUCGUCUGAAAGUGUUUCCAUAUGACUGCUUCAAAAUUUUCACAGUUGUCCCGAUUGUCCGGGAUAGAACUCAAGUCUAUCCAAGGGAUCAAGGUCAUCCCAGUCAUCUGGGUCAUUUGUCAUCACCCAGGUAGCAUUUCCAUAUAAUCGUCCUGAUCGUCGGAACAUUAUUUGAGAUGACUGGGAUGAUCGGGAUGAUCCAGAUGAUCAUAUGAAAACCAGGCUUUAGCAUUUACGAAGUUGUUCAAGUGGCUUUGCCUGUCGUGUUGUUGGUUUGUUUACACCCCGUGAGAAACUUCCUGGUGUACUUUCAUUUAUUCUCAUGUAAUGGCCAGCCUGAUACAUUCUCUGUGUUAUAGGCUUGUUAUGCAGCAUCAGCUAUUGGCUAUCUGACUGGAAGGUUAGUAGGGGAAAUUGUUUCAGUUGAUAGGAUUGAAAGAAUUUACCGUAUUUGCUUGAAUAAUUGAUUAAUGGUCAAAAUUAAUAAACAAAUUUUUUUUUUGUAUGGUGUUCAAAGUGUUCUAAAAUUUGUCAAUGAGGUGUUCCAAAUUAGCAGUUUAGAACAAGAUGUCAAUUACCCUAAGUAUUAUAAAAAGGUUUUUAGAAUCUACAGUGUACCUAUAUAAAACUAUGGAAAAACAAAUCAUUGCCAGAUUUUGAACUGCAAAUCAGUUAGUCUGAAAUAGGGAAGUUGCUCCUUGGUUUCUGGCAAGUUUGAAAGUCAACCACAACAUGGAACCAAGUUUGUUGCUGUAUACCAAUUACAAAUUAGUUACUUGUUUGUGGCUCUAAGUUUUUACAAGUCCAGAAGCAUUUUGUACUAGUCCUCCUGGACUAGUGGACUACCCCUGAGGUUGAGCACUGUGUAUGGCAAGAGCUUUUGAGCUUUACUGGCAUAGAUUUGCUAACCAGUUCAAAAUAAAGAAUUAUUUCACCUCUAGAUUGAUACCCAGGCCCUCAACAACAUCAAGAAAGUCCUCUAAGUUAUUCACGCUGUUUGGUAAUGCAGGAAGAGAGGAAGUACAAAAAACAAAUAAAGUUUACAUGUAUAAUAUUGUAAAACCCUUCAACAUUAGAUGGGAGUGGGAAAGGUACUUGGGUAAACUGAGGGAGCUGCAAACAAGCACAGAACAUAACCAUGACAACCCUGUGAGCGGCAACCACCACAAACCGUCACACUGAGAACCUCCGUCAAAAAAUAAUUGUCAAUACUUACCAAUGGACAUAAAGAGAAAAGAAGGGAGUGGGAGCAAAAAUAACUAUAGCUACUGCAAAGUGAAGGCAGCAGUGAGCAAAAUGAUUGACCCCAGCAAAAGCACUGUAAAAUUACUAGAGCACUGCAAAUUCCAAAGACUACCUUAUAAACGAUUAGUGAUAGAGACCUCUGGCCUGCAUGGUCUUGUGACUAUAACUUCAACUACAUUUAGCUAUAGACUAUCUAAAAGUCGUCUAUUUUUUUUCCUGGUUGGUUAUGCCAUUUUAAAGGAUUGACUUUUUCAUACCUGUUUGGUGUUAAAUUCACUGGUUGAAAAUUCUAUCGGUGACGGCAUGACAAUUGACCAAUAGGACAGUGAGUGAUAUUUUCAUGCAGCUCCUGACGCAGUAUAAUUAUUAGGGUUAAGGUUUUAAGGUUUAAGGGCUUGUUUAUAGAGGAAAGUGCACUUAGCUUAUCCAGAGCUCUAGUUUUACAGGCACUCCACUCAAAUACUUAGAGACAAAUAAUUCAGUAAAAACCCUAACUGGCAGGAGGCAACCAGUUGGCUAUUUACAAGCGUGGCCGAGGAUUUGAAAUCAAGAUGGCCAAGUGGCCAGAGCUGGACUUGAACCCAGAACCACUGGAUUACAAGUCCGACAUGCAGACCACUUGGACACGCUGCCAAUACGCAUAUGUCAAUCAUUUUUUUCCUGUGUGAAUUUAUAAUAUGAUUCAAAUCCAUUAAUGCCAAACAAGUUGACCUUGAGAAUUCGUCGCUCGCUUAGUCACUGCGUGACCUCACGCAAUGAAGCUCGCUUUGCUCACUUUUAAGAAUGUAUGAGAGUUCAACUAUUGGCAAGUCUAAUUUAGCCACAUCUUAGAAGUAUAUGGGCUAUCUCAAUUGACUACCCAGUUUAUUUAUUGUAAAUGUGGAUUUCUUGUAGGCCUGGUGUUUGCUUGGUGGUUUCUGGACCAGGUUUAUUACAUGCUCUUGGAGGAAUGGCAAAUGCAAUGAGUAACUGCUGGUAAGUCUGUCUGUUAUAUACCUAAAGUAGAUGUAAGAAUAAUUUAUUUUGAUAUUGUACCAUGUAGAAUGUAAAAUUGUAAGUUUUACCUCAGGCUUGUAUCAUCAGUAAGAGUAUUAUUUUGUUAGCAACACUUACCUGCAGUGAACCCUCAAGACCUAAAUAUAUAUAUUCCUUUUGAUGUUCAUGCACGUGUACAGUUUUAGAAGCUUUAGCUGGUGGGAAGGCCUGUGUAUUUCAAUUUAUUAUUUAUUCAAAAUAUUAUUUCACCAUUUCUGAUUGGCCUUAGUCUCCUGGAUAAUUCUUUAUAACUAGCUAGCACUGAUGAAAUUGGAAGAUGUGAGUGAUAUGGGCGCUUUCCAUAAUUUUUUAGUCAAAUUUCCGGAAUUUCCGGUUCGGCAGUAAAUGGAACACGUUUCGUCGGUUCAUCCCACUGGAAAAUUCCCAGAAAAAGUGGAAAAUCUAAAAAGGUGGGCUUGUUUUCCCGGUUGGAAUUUCCGAACGGAAUGUCGUGUUCCAUUUAUGUUUCUCGUAGUUUGUACCAGUUCCAGGUCCACUGUUGGGCACCGCGACGUACCGGGGUUUACGACCAAAUGGAGCAACUUUUUACCAAUCGGAAAUUCCACUUUUGCUCCCACCGAAAUUUCCGGGUUUUUUUCCUAAAUGGAAAGCGCCCAUACCUACCACUGAUACCAUGGUGUAUUGCCUCAACACACAAUCACAACUUUGUUUCGUGAAAGUAGUAUGGCACCCUUGAGUUCACGGUGAUCCAAAUACAAGGCCGAAUUUCUGACUAUAAAACUGAAUGGAGGAAAUGCAAAAAUUACCCAAAAAUGUUUCUUGGUAAAUGUCAUCUACUUUUUGAGGAGUAUUGUUUCUGAUGAUGUUCUGAAGAAAAAUAUGAGAAGGAUGUAUUAAGUUUGUUUAACUUAGAAAUAUUUUGAAUUAAUAAUAAAACAAAUUAUUUAAUUUAUUAGGCUUAUGUACAAUGUAUGAUACCAAGAAUUUUGCAGAUCUCAGAGGCUGUUAAGGCCUCGGUGGAUCACACCCUCCUCAAUCUGUAUAAUUCUUCACAUAGAGAGGCUUCGCACUCACCUUGAAAGUCCUUGAAUUUUCUACAAAAAAUUCAAGGACUCGAAAUUCUUUGAAAAUUGCAAUCGGUUCUGAAAAGUCCCUGAAUUUUGGUGCUAACUUUAUUUAUCCAACCCAAAGGAAAAGGAACAAACACAGAAAGACCUUCAGGAUAAAAUUGCCUGUGUUGUGGUAGAACUCAAGGUCUUUUUUGCACUGAAUGGAGUCCUUGAAAAAUGGAAGAUGUGUCCUUGAAAGUCCUUGAAAAGUCCUUGGGUACGAACCAUGCAUAGACAUUUGCACAUUUCAAAUUAAUAUCAUUAAAUUAUUAUUAUUAUUAAAUGUGAAUAGCAAUAUUUAAGUCUUAGUACAUUAUUGCACUUCUUUGUCUGUGUGUCUGUUUCUUUAGGCCAGUUCUAGUAAUUGGUGGUUCAUGUGAUGUGGAUCAAGAAAGUAUGGGUGCUUUUCAAGAAUUUCCACAAGUAAGUAGUGGGUCGUUUAAUAAGUAGAAGAACUGUUUUUCGUUGUUGUGGUUCCUUGGUAAGGCCUUUCUGGAAAUAGUAAAAUCCCGUAUAUUCCAGGUUACUUUUGACCAUCUUUAUUUUUGCACAAUACAAUGUGUGAAAAUUACAGUUAAUUAUUCUUUCAUCAUCUUGUUGUCCCUUUUUGCCUUGUUUUGCAGGUUGAAGCAGCAAGACUUUACACUAAGUACUCUGCACGACCAGGAAGCGUAGGGCAAAUACCCUUCUUUGUUGAAAAGGUACUGCAUAUUUUUGAUACGUACCUGUAUUUACAUUUAAUAUUAUUUUCAUAAGCUGAUACAAUCUACAGUUUUGAAAAUCCUUUCACAUGUUAGUUAUAGUUUUGGUGCGAGGAAAGUCUGUCAUGGUCACUAAGAUCAAUUAAUAUUGUGAUACAGAGACCUUCUUAGGUGGGGGUUUUGCGUAUUGAAUGAAGAAGAGGUCAUGUCACUGUCACUCUUUCACUAUUUUAUUUGUGAUUUUACUCGUCGUUGUCACAGUUUCAACCCAUCUUCAUGUCAUUUGUGGCCAUUUCAUCAAGAAUCUUAAUUAUGUCACCAUUUAAAGGCCAUGUUGCUUGUCAGGAUUUUACUCUAACAGGGCAUCAAUACACACAUGUACAUAUAAUGUCUCUCUAGGUUAAGAACAUUGUUAUAUUUAAUCAAUAUCAAUAUUUUGGUCUAGGUGUUAUUAAUCAGUGAAUUAGUCCAAUGAAUUUGUCUGUAUGUGGAAAGAAACUAAAUUGUAUAAUUGAAGUGUUAUUGUUACAAUUUUAAAAUGAUUUAAGUAUAUUUACCAUGUUUAGUUUUAAAAGAUCCUUAUUAGAAACUCCUUUUAUAUGCCAAAAAUAAUGGUUAUUAAUAAAUUCUUAAAGUUAAAGAAGGGUUUUAAUCCUUGUAAAAAUAUGAACAAGCUUAAGUGUAUAAAUAGUUACCAUGAUCAUGUUGAUUUUUUAGUCAUAUCUUUAAAAUAAAAUAAUCUCUUUUUUACGUAUAGGCGGUACGAACAAGUUUGUAUGGCAGACCUGGUGCUUGUUAUCUGGACCUGCCAGGAAAUAUGAUUACUGAAACCAUUGCAGCUUGUAAGGCAAGGUGACUGUUCAUAAAAGCUAGCCUGCGUAGCAAGCGUUUCUGUACGGUUUAGGAGAAAAGAACGAGAAACGAGAGUCAAAAAAGACAGCGAAAAAAGUGGCUCAAGUAAAAGAGCGGGGAGGGGGUGGGGAAGAAAGGAAGGAAAUGCUUGCAGACAAACCCCGGGAUUUUGAAAACCACCCACCUGGUCUGUCUCGCCUGAGUUCGCGAACCGACAUUUGAUGCUGUCAUAAUUGACCAAUAAAAUGUCUGGCCUUCCGUGAAGCUGAAAAGAACUUUAGAGGACUCGUUUGUGAAAUCAUUAUAAAUUUUUUUUUUUGUAUUUUGGAGCGCGUGGACGGCGUUGAUGGUUAAAUCUCAAUGAAUCCGAACGAUCAAUGCAGGCUUUGUACAUUUGUCUUCUUAAUCCGUCUAAAAGGAAGGACCGCGAGGGUGAAUGAAGAUUUAAAGUUUUAGCUCUAAACCUCCAGAAAGUUGGAUUUGAAGUGGUAAAAUGUGACAAGCAUUCAAGUCUAGAUCAGCCAGACAGAACGGCUUACCGUUCUCGCCACGGCACAGACAACUAGAGUGCUCUUGUAAAAGCAUCCUAGAGCAAAGCUAACCCGGCAACUGAUGAAGUUCGCGUAGAGAACAAAGCAGAAAUUUUGACUGAGUCACAAUGCAGGUCUUCCUAGUUGAUGUAGCUUCAGUUUAAGGUGCAAUCCAUUCUUCAAAAUUUUUAUCUGUAAAUCACUAUCCGAGAGAAUUUAACAUCCCGCAAAAAAAAAAGAAACAAACAAACAAACACUAACAAGCUGGGCCCGGCAUAACAAAACAUUGCAGGAAACAAUCGCAUUCCCUGACAACAGGUUACCUGACAAAAGAAAAUCGCUUUUAGUUAAAUCCAGAUCCAGGAGACAAAUAAAACGACCUGAAACCCUUAUUAAUUCGCAAGAAGAGCUUUGUGUUUCAAAAGAAGUUAAAUAAAAUGCUCUUGCAUUGGAGGGAAAAUCUUGCCGACCAGAAUAAACAAUACCACAGAAAAUUAAUAUGCGUGUCACGUACCAAACGUGACCUCUCAGUAUGAAACAAACCUUUGAUCGACACAUGUCAGCAUUGUUCGACUAGCCAAGCCAAUCAGGCGCUGCGUUCGCUGGCGAAUGCAGGUUUUCAAAAUCGAGGGGUUUGUCUGCAAGCGUUUCCUUCCUUCCCCUUCCCCUUCCCCCUCUUUCACUUUUUGGCUGUCGUUUCAUUUCUCACGCAGUCAAAAUUGAAAGUCCCCUUCCUCGGUAUUUCUUUGCUCCGAAACCAAACAGAAACUCUUGCUACGCAGGCUAUUCAUAAAAGCUGGAUACAUAAUAAGUUCAUAAUAUUUAAAAAUAUUCCAACAAGUGUACUAGUGUUGUCUCUGCCAAUGUUUGCUACUACAUUAUUUUGCUCCAACUGUUUGGUAUUAUCAAAAGUCAUUUUCCCUUGUACUGUAUGAAAGAGGAUAAUGGGGUUUCAAUUGAUUCAAUGUCAUUUCUUUACAUGAGGUCAAUUUUUUCCACAGAUCAAUUUCUCGAUGUCCAGCCCCACCCAAGUCUUUGGCUGAUCCAUCUGAAGUGGAAAAAGCAGUUAAGAUUCUUACUGAAGCUAAAAAGCCUCUUGUAAUAAUUGGCAAAGGUAAUGAAACACUCCAAACUAAGACAGUAUAACUUAUUUUUAGCUUCAUGGUUGUUGUACUGAUACAGUAACUUGACUAUGAAAGAUACCCAGAAAUGACCAAGAAAUUGGUUUGAAAGUUUAUGUGGAAACUUCAAUUUUGAGUGGAAUGUUAAAGUGCAAUCAUUAUCAUCUCGUUAGUCAUUGUAAAACUUGUUUUAACAAUGGUACUCUGUUGGAUGUCAAUUUUGUUUCCUAAAAAUUAUUAUGAAUAUUUAGCAAUUGAUGAAUUCGGCUUUCGUAGGAUAUGAAGAAUUAAGCAGAUCGAGGAGGGUGUUGGCCAAGGUGGAAAACACCCUUCGAGAUCUGCUUAAUUCUUCAUAUCCUACGAAAAUAAUUUCUAGUUUAUAAACAUAGCUAAAACAUGCUUACCUGUAUCGAUGUUAAGUUCAGCUUCGAUAGUGUAUGUUUAGGUUUGUCCAGCUCCUCAAAUAUUCUCCAAAUAGCAGAUGUCGCCUUACGAGUUGUCUUCUUGCUGUUUUUACUAUGUUUUUAGCUAUUAUUUCACCUAGUUCCAGCUGUAGUUUUUACUCUUGAAUCGAGUGAAGUGUCCGCCAUUUUUGCUUUCACAACCAAAACAACUCAACCUUGUCCCCAGGUCUUCUCGGUUAACGGUGCAUUAACCUGUAGCGGGCUGCAUUUUUGACAUCAUUUCCUCAUUAAACACAAAAUUCUUCCAAAUUUGGUCAUCAGUAACUGGUUGUGGUGAAUACAUACAUACAUACAUACAUAAACUUAUUUAUCCUCGGAUUUUAGUGUAGCUUACAUAGCUAGUAUCUCCGAUCCUAACUAAUUUUAAAAGUUACAACAUAUAUAAUAUAAUAUAUUGAUGUAGUAUUAACUAAAACCGUGCACUAACAAUUUGCGCUUAAAUUCACUAUAAUCUACAGUCUUUCUAAAGUGAUCAGGUAGAGAAUUCCAGUACUUAACAGAUGAAUAGCUAAAGGAAUUUAGACCAUAUGUGGUUGUAGACGGCUUAGGAAGUGAUAAAAUAUUAGUACCCCGUAGGGAGUAAGCAGUAGAUCUUAACUUGAUCAGUUGUUUUAAAUAGCACGGAUAUUUACCAAAAUGGAGACAUUUGAAUAUACAAAUCAUCAUAUUUUGUAUCCUCCUGUUGGCUAAACCACACACACCAGCCUUGUCUAGAAGAGCAUCAUAGUUCGAGUCCCAGUCCUUUAAAACAAAUCUUAAAAUACGUCUAUUUAAGGUGUCCAGUUUGACAGAAUCUUCUGAAUUACAAAAGUGCCAUAUCAUUGAACAGUAGUGAAAAUGGGGUAAGAUAAACGCUUUAUAAAGGCGAAGCAUAAUUUCGGAUGAGAUAAGUUUGCCAAAUCUUUUGAAGACACUGAACUGAAUUGUGUGUGUGUGGUCAUUCGGACACUCAAAGCUACUACUCUCAUCUUAUAGUAAGUUAUUAUGUAAAAUCACAUUUUGCCUGUUCACACCCAGUUAUCGAUGGCAGUGAAUGCUUUACCUCAAUUUUUUCAAAACACAUUUUUGUUGCUGUUCUUGUGCUAAAAUUAGGUGCAGCAUAUGGGCAUGCAGAGAAACCCCUUCUGGAAUUUGUUGAGAGGUGCAAGCUUCCUUUUCUACCAACACCCAUGGGAAAAGGUGUCAUUUCUGAUGAACAUCCUUUAAGUGUUGCUGCCGCCAGAUCAAGGUCAGUGAAGCAUUGUAGUGUCAGAUGUAUGCAUGCUUCACCCAUGUAAGCCUUAGUUGUGAGUCAUAUGGUGGACAAUAAAUCAACAAAACGUUUUUAUAGUCAAUGAAACAGUUAAUCAAGCAAUCAAUGCUUUAAUCAAGAGUGAAAUAAUUUGUUAAUUCAAAAUAGCAAUAUAAAAAAAAGCCAGUAGAAUGGCAACAUAAUACUGGGGUAAGCCUGGGAUGGACAAACACUCUCUCCAUUGGGUUACAAUUAGCAAGGAAUAACCCUACUUAGGUACCUUGUACUACUCAGACACCACUACGCAGGUGAAACUCUCUCUGGGUGGGUUUUCUGCAGUUGCUGUCAGUGUCUUGUGGCCUAUGUAUGCCUAGCCUGGGUGGCAGGUGUUAAAAGGGGAAGGGAAUGAGAGAAUUUGAGCAUGUGAGAGUGCAAAGUGCACGCAACGAGUGGAGACAUUUUCCCCCUCUAUGUGCACUCUUUGCUACUUCCUUCCCCCUUUCACUUUCCACACAGGCUAAUUAAAAGGUCUUCCUUGAUGAUGAUGGUGAUGGUUAUGAUGAUGAUGAAAGAAAUAUUCGUCUUUAUUAGGGCAUUGUCACAAGCUGAUCUAAUUUUCCUGUUUGGAGCAAGAUUAAACUGGAUUCUUCAUUUUGGAAAACCUCCAAGGUUCAAAGCUGAUGUUAAGAUUGUUCAGGUACUUUUACAGACACAGUUGAACCUCCUGCUAUCCCAAGUAUCAAUUUCAAAUUCUUCUCUAUCAUUCCCAGACAUUUUUUGCAUGUUUUUUUUUUUUGCAAAGUGCAUUUUUAGUCAAAAAGGACAAAUGAAACAAAGCAAGGAGAGGGCAUAAGAGAGAGAAGUGGAACUCCUCAUACGAAAGGAUCAGGGAGCUUAAGCAAUGACGUUGGCGAUGGUGACGAGAACGGCAAAAAUGUAAUAGGUUUGAUGAGCAAAACAACUUUGCACGUGCGGCAUGCUUUAUUGUACAUUUCUUUGCUGUCACUGCACGACUACAAUGUGGAAAUGCCUAAUUUCACAUUUUAUGGAGAACGUAAACAAGCGACGACUAAUUUUUCUUUCUCUUUCUUAACUAAUGAGUCCAGUCCCCAAGAAAUCAACUCCAGGGAAAUUUGCCUACAUUUCACAUUUUCAGUGAAUUGGAAUAAAUGCGAUAAAGUUUGAAAAAACAUGAAUUCAUUUUAAAAGUGACGUUUUUGCUGCCGUCGCCGUUUUGGAUGCUAAAGCUCCCUACUAAAUGAGCAGCUGGUCACUCAACCAGCUCCUAAUCCUGCCUGGCAUGGCUUAACUUAAGUUUCACACUGAAGGGUUUGCACAACAUAUAUUUGUUGUUAAAACUUAUAAUAAGUCAAGAUGGUCUGGGUAACUUUAAAUGAUACGUAACAUGGGCAUGGUGUCAUGUUUCCAAAGGGUCACCAUGGCGGAUUUGUAAUAUUUGGUUUCCAUCAUGCUAGGAAAAGUACUAAGAAUUAUAAAAUUUGAACAUUAUUCAUUAAAAUAAAAAAUGUUCUAAAUUUUAAUGUUUCUCUUCAGUUUGUUUGAAAUUAUCAUGCUGAUAUUUGGUGGGAAUUUGUCAAAGUACCUCCUUCCCCUCAGCUCCCCAUCUUCUGUGAGAGUUUCAUAUUGUACAGGUUUUUCUUGAGCCAACUUUAAACAAAUGUGACUAGACUUGACUAUCACUAAGAAUUCUAAGUAAAACAAUUUAUAGGUACUUUUUCCUUUGCAGAUUGAUCUCCAUGCAGAGGAGAUGGGGAAUAAUAUUCCUGCUGAGGUCACCCUGUUGGGAGAUGUUAAAAGUGUCACAGAACAGGUGCAAUAAUUUAAUUGCAUUAAAAAUAAUUACAAGCUUUAUUUUACUGGUUUUACUCUUCUCGUGAACAGGAUACCAUGAGCUAAUUUUCUAUGGGUUUUUGGUAAAUGGUUUUGCUCAACUACUAAUUUCUUUGUUUAUUAAAACCUUCUUUGACAACCUAUAUGUACUGUGAUGUCAAUAAAUGCAUAGUGAAAUAGGUAGGUAGGUAGCAACUUUAUUUAAUGAGAGUAACACAUGACAGUUAACACUGAUGAACUAGUGGCCCUCAAACGUAAUUAAAAUAUUUACAACUAAUAAAAAAAGACACGACGGAUUAAAAUAUAAAAAUACUAGAACAAGAUACAAUCCUAAAUUAUGAUAUUAAAAACUAUUAAAACAAACACAGCAAAUUUAAAAAUACAGGGCUUCUGAUAUUUUGCGCAGUCGCGGAGCCGCGAAAUUCACAAAAACACAAAAAAUACCGCCAAGUUCGGUAGAAAUCUUAUCAAAUACAUGUCUGUACAACAUAUUUGAAACUUAUUUCAGCUAUAGGGGCUAUUUACUUGCCGUAAACUUGCAAAUUUAUCUUGGAACUUCGUCACUGAAACCUGCAAACAAUGUCCCAAAUCUAUCAGGCGUAGAUUAUGUUGCGAAAAACAAAUAGCAAAUAGCAGAUGAAAGUUGCCAAUGGCCCGAGCAGUCACGAUAUAUAGUUUGUUUAUUUCCUGAAGAUAAAAAAAAAUUAUUUGGUGAUGCAUAAUGUGCAGAACAGGUUUUUCAGGUUUCACAUUAUUAUUGCUCAUCUGUGGGGAUAUCUACAGUUGUUAUUUGCACCUGCUUGACAUGCGGAGUCGGAGGCCACGGGAUCGAUUUACGGGACUGGACCAACACUCAGGGUCUUAAAAUGACUGAGAAAUAAAGGGACUGUCUUUGUCCUGCAAUUGGCUAGAACUUAGUGUGGCUCAGAUGACCACAUAAACUAGCUAGCUGUCCUGUCUAGGAGACGUAAGAAUAGUAUUGUGUUCCCAAUUAGUACUUUCAUACUAAAUACAUUGACACUCAAAUAAAGUGUAUUUUUAUAGAUAAUGGUAUACUCACCAAUAAACAAAAUUAUUAACCAAGCUUGAGGUCAAUAAAGGAUUUAUUGUACGGCCAAAGAGGGACUCUUACUUGUGUAACCAACCUGAGAAAUCCUGAAUGGGCCAGAUGAUGAUCUGUAUUAUUGUUUACUAGUUGAACUCAACAGUGAUGAGAGCCUAUGGGAAGACUCCAAGUAAUCUGUGUGGCACAGCUUCCUGGAGAAAAGAGUUGCUGGAAAAAUCAGAAGCCAAUAAGAAAAGAAAUGAGGUAAAUAGUGUGUUUUUUUUAGCACAUUUUGUUCACAGUGGAUAGUGAGUCAAAGCCACUUCUUUAAACUUUUCACUGCCAGAGUGCUUGGUGGAGUUUGGUAAGAUGACGCUAACUUUUGAGUCUGUUGACGAAAUCCUCUGAUGUGACCAUUCAAAUGAAAGCUCUCUGCCUGUACUGUCGCAUUUUGCUAUUUAUUUUGCAAAAUGUUACAAAAUGAAAUUUGCAAACUUGGUCAAAAUUUGCCUUUGGCUACAUUUGGCAGUGAAAGGGUUAAAGUUCUGCUUUUAAAUGGCCUGAAGUGUUUAGUCAGGUUUUAAGAAUGAAAGCAUUACUAAAAACAAUGUAAAAUAAACAUUUGAAACCUGCAAACUGUAUAAGAUAGCAAAUUACAAGAAACUGCAUUUUUGUGGCACAGAAAAUUUCAAGCUUUUGAAUGACGCCAAUGCUAAUAUAGUGGCUUAACUGGAAGUAGUGAAAUAUGGAAAUUUGAAAGAAAUGAUAAUUUUUAUUUGCUUAUAGUAACUAUUUUAUGCUUCCAGGAACUUGCCAAUGAAUCAACAGUUCCAAUGAAUUAUUAUCAAGUUUAUGGACAGGUUAGAGACACACACUGAAUGAUGCUCCACCAGCUUUCUGAGUAGACUACAGAAUUUUGUUAAAUUUAAAAUAAGUAAUCACAAACUUAUGAUUGAACAUGGUUGAUACCAAAUCGAUCAUUUGCCAAGAGAAAAUAGAUUAUGCCCUUUAUGUAACUCAAAUCAGAUAGAAGAUGAGAUUCAUUUGCUCUUUCAAUGUAACAAAUACUCAGUACAGAGACAGGCAUUUAUUAACCCAUUCGCUCCUGGAGAUUUUGCCGAAAAACGCGUUUUGAAGCUAGUCGAGUGGUUUUCUGGUCACUGUCGUGCUAUAAAGAGCUAAAACUUACCACAAACCGGUUUACAGGUCGUACACUUGGCGACCUUCUGAUCCAGAUGCAAAAUAUCAGCUUACGAAGUUCGGGCAUGCGCAGAAAGCAAAAUUUCGACAUAGUUUUUGGGUUUAAAAGUGACACAGCAGUCUUGACUUUUACUUUUCGCUUUCUCUCCUCCCUUCUUUUUUCGCUUUUCUUGCCUCAUUUUUUUUUUCUCUUGCUGGGCAUUUAGUAGGCUUCAUUUUGGUGGGAAGAGUUUUUAGGAAAGCGUUUAGGAUCUUAGGAUUAGGUGAAAGGAAAGGUAGGUGGGUAAUGGAACAAGAUUUUCAUGGAGAUUUUCAGGUCCUUGUCACGUGGUUUUUUGCUUCUUUCUCCGGUGUCCUUGACUGAAUUGUGCUCAUUCUGGUAUGCUUUGAAAGAUCUCUUCACUCUGCACACGUGUGCGAAGAAAGUUGUCCUUGACCGUUAAAACUGAUGACGUCACAAAGGGUAGAAAGGACCUGGAUCCGCACGGGCGGUUACGGGCGGUUCAGGGGCGAAUGGGUUAAUCAAAUCAAUCAAAUAAUACCUGACUUUGACAAGAAAUCAUCUCCAGAAAGCAUAAAACUGAUAAUGAAUUCGAAGGAACAUCAUGUAAAUAAGUUAGUUAUGAAGUUUGUUUCCUCCUGCAUGAAAAUACGUGAUUCAUUGUUAGUAAUGUAACCGAAUUUUUCUAGAUUAUUAUUAGUGCUGUUUUGUUUUAUAUUUUGAUUGUCAUAUACAUGCUUUUGCAAUACUGUAAAAUGAUGCGGUCAUGCAAAUAAAGCAAUUUAUUACUAUUACUAUUACAAGUAGUCCCCAUUUUUCCUCAGGGACAGUAGAGCAAGUACCUUUCUCACGUGGGGUGAUUUUCAUGCAUGCUCGUGUUCUGCUCGCUCUAAUAUACCUGAGGAAAAAUGGGGACCACUCGUAAAAUACUUCUGAGCCACAACUUAACUGUAUGACAAGAGGUGGAAAAACGUUUGCAUAAAUGGCACAAUCAGCUAAACAGGGUGCCGGUCUGGAUUGCUACCAGAGAAAUGUCCAGACAAGGCAUUUAUCUGCAGGUGUCUUGUCUUGUCUUAUUUCUUGGUUGUUUUUGUUUGGAAUUUUGUAUAAAGGUUGACAUGGGUUUUUCUGUCAGUCUACAGGUAUAAUUCAGGUCUGCCAACAGUUGCUCAAUGGGUGGAUAAAUAUCCACCAGAAAAAUCACUGUACAUUGGAUAGUGCAAUAGGUUUCCCUAACACUUGUCCAGUGGAUUGUGGAUUACACUAUCCCUCUAUUGAACAACUGGUCUUCUACCAUGAUACCCUCCCCCCUCAAGGUAUUUUCCCAAAGGACAGUAUACUCCCUAUCAGCAGUAAGCUGAAGGCUUGUGCUUGACAAUCUUUUGUACUUUCCCAGCUUAAAAAGCAUUUACCACAUGACUGUAUAAUAGUUAAUGAAGGUGCCAACACUAUGGACAUUGGACGGACAAUGAUGCCAAAUCAACUUCCCAGGAAAAGGUCUGCUUAGCUGUGUAUUUGUACAGUUUCAUUAUUGUUGACAACUGUUUUAAUUGGAUAGAAGAAAGGAGUACACACAAUAAACUUGUCCAUUGUACCUUUGUCUGUAAUAAUAAUAAUAAUAAUAAUAAUAAUAAUAAUAAUGAUGAUUAUUAUAAAGAAAGUCGAGGGUCUCUUAUAUGAGUCAAUUCGUAGAAAUAUGGACCCUUAGAUUGUUCCAUGAAAAGGAGCACGUGUUCACAUGCAUUCAUUUGAUUUGCAAGGCAAAUCUGUCGAACUCAAACUCAAUUUUGUAUCCACACUCUGAUCUACAUGUAAACAUCUCUAUUUUUAUGCGUCUUACCCUCACUAUUUUUGCUUGGUAUUCUUUUUGCCCAUUCAUUUCUUUAACUAGCAAAGUUUAGUGGCAAGUUUUCUUAGAAAUUUGUGUUUGGCUGACCUAAGUUCUAAAAUUGUGCCCCUUUCAGAACUGCCAUUGGUUAAGUGGUACCGUCACGCGUAACUUGAAAUGGUGUGUUCUAUGAUAGUUGAGCUUAAGAAAACAGCUGACAUUUUGCGAUGGCAUCGCUAGUUUCCUCACAAAAUGACGUCCGAGGAAACAUGGCAGAAAGUCCAUGCUGAAGACGUGUCACUACCCAGAUCUGGGUAGUGCUUCUUAUUGGUUUAAAAUUUGUUUCAUUCAAUCGGAUGCAUGACUACCGAGAGCUUGGUAGUGACAUGUGAUCAGUAUGGAAUUUCUGUGCUUGUUUCUCAGAUGUCAUUUCCCAAGAAACCUUGUGGUGGCAUCACAAAGUGUCUGCUGUUUUCUCAAUUAAUGAUAACCGCACCGCGUGUAGUGUGUUUUGAAGUAUUUCUUUAUACUCUUUGCAAAUGACAUGGAAAGGGAAUGACAAUAGCCCAUUUUCGCGUCACACUUAGCUUUUUCUUUCAUGUUGGACCUUUUUAGAUUAGAUGCAGGCACAUUUGGUACAAUGGGAGUCGGAAUUGGGUUUGCUAUUGCUGCAGCCCUGCUAGCUGAAAGCCAAACAGAUGCUUCACGUACCCCCAGGAGGGUUGUGUGUGUACAAGGUGACAGUGCAUUUGGAUUUUCAGGAAUGGAACUUGAAACUGCAUGCAGGUGCUUAUCAUAGUUUUGAUUUAAGAAUUUAAUGAAAUUCACGGACAGAUUUAGGGGUGGGGUCCCUAUAGCCCUGCCUUAUUUUUAAGGUAAACCGCGGCCUGCAGGACCAAGAAAAAUUAUUUUCGAGGCUGGGCCAUGAUAUUAUCUUAGGGACUGAAUGAGAGGAUCCCCACUAACUUAAAAAAUCAGAAAUUCAUGUGUCUGAGAUAAACACUUUUCGCGCCAAUUUGUUAUCCUUAGCAUUUAUUUUCGUGCUAGUCAGCAAUAGGGAGGAGUUAUGUUCGGGUAGCUAAAGCUACAUUGACAAAAAACGAUGAUGAUGAUGAUGAUGAUGAUGAGUAUUUAAAGUGUAGCCACUGUACUGAGAAAAAAAUGCCAUCAGUAGAAAUCUUAGCAAGUUUGUACUACUCCUGAAAACGUCUUUCAUGAAAGUUUUUUGUUCCUUCUUUUUUUAAAAAAUGUCCUGGAAUAAUAUUGACUUAGUUUAUUGGUAUAAAUAUGUCACAAGUAGAGAAAUAUGUCACAGGUAGAGAAAUAGAGGCUGUUGAAAUUUUGGGGUAUUUUAUUGCAGGUACAAUCUACCAAUAGUGUUUGUGAUUGUGAACAACAAUGGUAUUUACAGUGGUGUGGAUGAGAAGAGCUGGAGCGAAUGUGAAGUGGAUCCAGCGAGAGGGUAAGUCCAAAAACUGAACAUAAAAUUGAUUAACCUCUUCACUCUUAAUAGUGCCCCCCUCCCAAAAAAAAAUUUGUUUCUUAAAAUCCCGAGUUGUACGGUGAACGGUAUAUUAAUUUCAAGAAGUUUAAGAGGGAAGGGGUGGGGCUUAUUUGAUUAAGCGAAGAUGAUGGUAUCCAUUCUCCAUAAAAACCUAAAGUACAGUGGAAAAGUUGAGUUACAUGACUUACUGAGAAGUAAACAAACGGUCCAGCGCUAAAAGGUCUAUUAAAUACCUUUCAACGCUGGACCGUAAAACUUCACACGUUUUUCUUUGCUUUAUAUUCUGUAGGGCUCCACCCACUGCCCUGAGACCAAAUACUCAUUAUGAGCGAAUCAUUGAGGCAUUUGGAGGAAAAGGUUACUUUGCAGAAACACCAGAAGAACUCAAUACAGCGCUAACAUUUGCCUUUGAGGAGACAAAGAAAGUCAAGAAGCCAGUGUUGAUUAAUGUCAUGAUCAGCCCCUAUGCUGAUAAGAAACCCCAGGUACAUGAGCGCUAACUGCACAGGAGAGGUGUCAUAGGCGGGUGGGGCAGGGCGGGAAGGGGGGGAGUGACGUAGGGGAACAUAUAAAUUUGGUUUUUAGCUUGAACAUCAGGGCUUCCUUAGGGGUUAUAGUCUGCGAGCAAGCUCUCCAUUUGGGCGAGCGAAGCGAACCACGCGAGUGCGAUACGCGCGAGCGAACAACGAAGCCGCGAGAGGCUAUCUCUCCCCCGUUCCCCUUUGUCGCGUCUCUCCUCGCGUGCCACUCGCGCGUGUGCUUUUUACGAUAUCCCCCAAAUGGAGAGCUUACUCGCAGGCUAUAGGGGUUAAGGCAGAGGGGACUAGAUAGUGCGGAGGGGUGUGGGGAGGGGGGGGGGGGUAGGUAGGCUCUCUCCUCUUCUCACCUCUCUCUUGAUACUCGGGCUAGUUGGUUUUAUCAGCCUAGAAUGUAUCCUUUUUUAUCUUUACAAAAUCCAAUAGCAAAUUCUUGAUUCAAAAACACGUUUUUUUCCCAAAACUCCUCUUUAGAUUCCUUUUAUGAACCGAAAUCAUCCACAAAUCAAACGGACUUGGUAGGAUUUUCAUGAGUCGUGUGUUUCUUUGGGCGUGAAGUUGCAAGUAUUUUCCUGUGAUAGUACGAGGCCUAGCAGCUUCCCACCGGCGCUAUCCAUGUUAAGGGCGCUUUCCAAAAGUCAGAACUGGCCAGCCGGACCAUGGUCAGAACAAUCAUUUUGACAAAGCAUUUUAAGGCUUUUUCCAAGGGUUUUUGCGGAGAAGCCAUCUCCCUCCAGCCUCGUUCCCAGGGUUCUCUGCUACCCGUCCCUGGGAACGAGGUUGAUCUUCUUCGUGCAUACUAUGUAGUAUUUGACUAAUGUGGCUGGACAGUUUUGAUUAAAAGUGAAAUAGUCAUGACGACGGAAAUGGUCUGGCCAGUCAGUUUUUUAUGCCGGUGUGCCGCCCGGGACGAGACGCUCGUGAAAGGGAUGUACUUUGUCCUGUAUCAGUUUUGGGCAAUCUUGUGUCGUGGCUGUUCACAUUAUACUAGAUUAUACCAAUUUCUGCACUGGCGCAUAAACUGAUCCACUUUGCUGUGAAUGUAACUUGAGAUUAGAGAAUUAAUUAAUGUAUUUUCUUGUCUUUUUUCAAUUUUCAGGAAUUUUUCUGGCUUACUCGCUCAAAGAUGUGA